GCAUCAGACUCUACCAAUCAAAACUGUCGUCCAGCCACCGUAAGCCACCGGAAUGGUAUUUUAGGGAUCUGAUCUCGCUGGCUUUUGCUGACAGCGUUUUUAGGAGUUGUUGGAUCGAUCGUGAUUUGUCUUUAGACUGAUUUUACAAUGGCAAAAGUCGUACAAUUGAACACCGGUGCAAACAUGCCCAUUGUGGGUCUGGGAACGUGGAAGUCGGAAAAAGGAAAGGUGACCGAGGCGGUGAAGGCUGCCAUCAAAGUUGGGUACCGUCACAUCGACGGGGCGUACGUCUACCAGAACGAAAAGGAAGUGGGAGAGGGAAUUCAUGCCAUGGUCAAGGAGGGGGUGGUGAAAAGAGAGGACCUCUUUGUGGUCAGUAAGCUGUGGUGCACAUUUCAUGAGAAGUCCAUGGUGAAGGAAGUUUGCCAGAAGACACUGAGUGAUCUUCAGCUGGAUUACUUGGACCUUUAUCUGGUGCAUUGGCCCAUGGGUUUUCAGGCUGGGGAAGAACUUUUUCCUCUGGACAGCGAAGGGUUAACUAUUUCUGACAACACAAGCUAUUUGGAAACCUGGGAGGGAAUGGAGGAGCUGGUCGAUGCAGGUUUGGUAAAAGCCAUUGGAAUCUCCAACUUCAAUCGAGGACAGAUUGAAGCUUUGCUGACCAAACCAGGACUUAAGUACAAGCCAGCUAACAACCAGAUCGAGUGCCACCCAUAUCUGACCCAGGAGAAGCUGAUUGCCUACUGCCACUCCCAGGGAAUCUCUGUGACUGCAUAUAGUCCCCUGGGCUCCCCAGACAGACCAUGGGCCAAACCAGAGGACCCUUCUCUGCUGGAUGACCCUAAUAUCAAAGCCAUAGCGGAGAAGCACAAGAAGACCUCUGCUCAGGUGCUGAUCCGGUUCCAGAUCCAGCGGAAGGUGAUGGUUAUUCCCAAGUCGGUCACACCGCAGCGCAUAGAGGAAAACUUCCAGGUCUUUGAUUUUGAACUCAAUGACGACGAGAUGAAGACCAUCCAAGGAUUUGACAGAAACUGGAGAGUCUGUCCCAUGCAGUGGGGAGUGAAGCACAAGGACUACCCCUUCCAUGCUGAAUAUUGAGUCAACAAGCCACAUCUUCCAUCACUACAUUUUAUUAUUUUGGUGUUUGCAUUUUCCCUGUAACUCCUUGUUUUAUCCCAACCCCCAGUAAAUUUUCAGGAAAUGUAGUUUGUCAAGUACGAGUUAUAUUUUGGAUUGUGGACUAAACAAGUACACGUAUAAAAAUACUAAAUUUCAAUUUUGAUAUACUUUUAAAAUAUAGGUUACAACCAGACCUAUCUUGCAUUAUUUUUCUAAAUUGGAAAAUGACAUAUUUCCAUUAUAAAAAUUUAUUUUGAAAGCUGAAUCUCUUAAAAGCACUUGUAACUGUACCAGGUUGGCAGUCUGUCGUCUUGUAACAUGAAUAUUUUCCCCUAUUUUCUGUCCUGUGUAUUUCAUGCAUUUUUUAAAAAUAAAGUUCAUUGGCUCCACUGCG